GUGGCAUCGAGGGCUUCGGCGUGAACGACGGUCUGGAGUUCACGCCUGGGAGGACCCUUGCUGCUUCUCGAGCGUUUUUCAGGAGGACGGCCCGUGACACUCCAGGGAAGUUGUUGACUGCCCAUCUCACGCACCUGAAGCAGUUUCUCAGCACGAAGGGCAUGCAUGAGGUUGAGGAGGAGCUCCCUGCCAUAGUCAACAAGUUUUUGCUGAACAUCUUUCUCGCCUCUCACCCCGUUUCGGGCAUUGGCGAGGGCAUGUUCAGGGAGAUGCGCGCCGUCUCCGAGUCCCUGGACCUCUUGAUCCAGGGCAGGCUCCUCGAGGCCAUGGACAUGCUGAUGCAGAGGUUCAAGGCGUGCCAGCGUGCUUGCAAGGACAAGCAUUGGAGGAGCGCGAGGUGGCUGGAGCUCAUUCCCCCAGACGCCGACAUGGCGGCCAUCAACAUCGAGGAAGAGGAGCUCCUGAGAAAGAUCGAGUACGGCGAGUUGAAGCUCGCAGAGCUCGUGGGCAAGCCCAAGCCCGUGGGCUGGGGACUCGGCCGGGGGCCCUCCAGGAUCAAGGACUUGAAGCUGCAGAACCCGAAGAAGGACAGCGAGACGCAAGGCCAGCAUCGGCAGCGCCUCGCUCAGAUCAUGCGGAGCUCCGCCCCGAAGAAGCAGACGCCGCCUGCGGGAGGAGGCGUUCGCAAGGUCAUCUUGGAGGGCGCGGGCACGCAGGACAAGGCUAAUCCGUCAAGGGCCAGCGGCGGAGCGAGCUGGCCCUGGACGCUCAAGAGCAUGACUGACUUGAGGACCUGGAAGGUCAAGCUUGCAACGGCCCUUGAGGAUGGCAUGGCCCCGCUCACCUUCGUGCUGUGGCUGAUAGAGGUGAUGCUCACGAACUACCAGUACGCGGGCUCGUGCGGGGAGGAGGCGUGGGGCCACCACUCGCACUGCUCGUCCGCUCAGGUUAGUGCCAUUGGAGUCAUGCGGGAGGCCGUCCCGUACUUUCUCGAGGGUAACCUGGGCGUGGUUCAGCUGCCCCUCCUGAGCGAGAUCUCGACCAGGGCCUCCAGUGCAUGCGACGUCGACAGCGGCGCGCGCGCCCUGCCACUUCGUCUCGGAGAGCUUCGACCUGGCUUGCCCGCUGCUGACGUUGCAGGUCGACUUGACCCACGUGUACACGUCAGUCCUGGGGUGCUCGCCUGGCUGGACGAGCCAGCGUUAGCCUUGCUGCCGCGUGCCCAGUGGCCCCCCGAGGUGCCUAAGGCGAGGCUGUUGGUGGACUCGCCCGCCGAGUGGGCCAAGAUCGUCGGCCACCUGUACUCGCUCGUUAUCGUGGAGGCCAUCGAGGGCACCCCAGAUACUGUAGAGGUUAGACAGUGCCGCUUCAUCAUGAACAUGGUGCCGACCAACAGCUACAUGAAGAUCAUGGCUCAGGACCUCUCGACGCUUACAGCUUCUACAUCUUGGGUCACUGUGGUGCUGGAGGGCCAGCGUGUGCUGCUCUGGUCGGGUGACGACCAGCAGGGGGCCUUCUUUGUCUGGAAGAUCCCUCGCCCCUGGCGCAGCUUUACCGCGCUCAAAGGUCUGGUUCCUGGUCGACUUGUGGGGCGCCCUGAGCUGAAGACCGCGCGCGUCUGCUCAGCCGUCGUACCGAUGGGCUGGCUGCUGGCUGUGGGUAAGUGCCGCGCAUGGUUCCAGUUCUUCAUUGACGACUUCGAUGCCCCCAGGAUCGUCGACAACGCGAGGAAGGAGGUUGGCGUCGGCUCUAGCUACCAGAAGCAGCAGAGGUCAUCUUACCAGCGGAACGGCGUCGCCUGGGCCGAGCAUAAGGCCCACCUUGGCGAGGUCAAGGUCGAGAGGAUGGGCGUGCUUGUGGACGGCCUGCGGGGCCGAGUCUCGGUUCCGCUCUUGAAGCUGUUCGAGACGAUGCUGCUCGGCGCCCUGCUGAUGACCGAGGACUGGGGUUUCUGGAAGACCAUGCUCGUACUUCUGGGAAAGCUGGUCAGGGCGCUGGAGUUUAGGCGCGUGCUCUUCUGCAUCCUGAACGAGGUCUGGAAGUUCGCGGACGGCACCCACUCUGGCUGGGUCAACUCUGAGAUGACCGAGGAGAUCCUCUGCAGCAUCGGCCUCCUCCCACUCGCCUUCACGGACCUGCGUGCGGAGGUGGGCGCUAGGGUCACCUGCUCGGACGCGUCAGAAGACGGAGGAGGUGCCUGCACAUCGCUGAAGCUCUGCCACGAGGCCCUCGCGAAGCUGACGGCGCCCCUCUGGCGGGCCUGGGAGUCGAGGAACCCUGGCCUGCCGCCGCCCGCUGGCGAUGAGGUGCCUGCUGUUCUAGUCGUUGGGCUCUUCGACGGGAUCGGGGGCAUGAUCGUGGCGCUUUCCAGGCUGCGCACCAAGAUCAUAGGCUACGUUUCGUCGGAGGUGGAUCCUUGUGCACGCAGGGCCAUCAGGAAGAGGUGGCCUGGCCUCGUCGACUGGGGUAACAUCCAGGACGUAGGGGUCGAGCAGAUUGACAGGUUGGUGCAGCUCUUUGGCGGCAUCGUCGACUUCGUGUACUGUGGAGCGGGCAGCCCCUGCCAAGAUCUGUCGAGGUUGAUGCACGGCAGGAGGGGGCUGGAGGGCGAGAAGAGCGCCCUUUUCAGCGAGAUACCUCGGAUCCUCAACUUGCUCAACGAGGCGUUCCCUGGCAAGGUGCGCUCCCUCGUCGAGAAUGUCUCCCCCAUGCCGCUCGAGGACGCCGAGCGCAUCUCUCACGAGCUCAAGGUCACGCCCUACCGUUUCUGCAGCAGCUGCCUGGUUCCCAACAGGAGACCGCGGCUGUACUGGUUGUCCUGGCAGCUCCUGCCAUGCGAGGGCUACUGCUACCAGAACAAGGGUCACUUCAUUGAGGUCACUGCCGACGGCGCGGAGCGCGUGGAGCUGCCCUGGGUCACCCCUGGUUGGAUCUGGAACGGUGGCGUGCUGCCAGUGCCGACCCUCGUGUGUGCUAGGCCCUCUUCGCUGCAGCCCACUCGUCCUGCUGGGAUUGCUCGGGCCAGUCCUGAGGCGAAGGCGCGCUGGAAAAAGGGCGAUCAUCGUUAUCACGUCGGCCUCUACGAGCGCGCCUGCCUUCUCCAGCAUGAGGCCACCAUGGAGCUCCGUCCCCCGUCAGCUGAGGGGAGAGAGGUACUCUUGGGGUUCGAUCGGGGCUACACUGAGUGUGCCGUGAAGGACGGGUCUGGCUCGAGCUCUGAGACCGCGCGUUGUUUCCUGCUCGGCAACAGCUUCUCGAUCUAUGCCGUGACAUGGCUGCUGCAGCACGCCCUGGUCGCUGACGAGUACCAGCCGCGGUUGUGGGGGCCCCGAGCCCUAUGCCACAUCGGAAGGUGCAGGGCUCCUUGGAACGACAACGCGGUGUACCAUCAGAGCGACGACUACCAGUACCAGUCCGAGGCGGAGCAGCUCGUGAGGCACUACCUGUCGAUCGCCGAGCGGGGAGGCACGGACGUGCGCCUGGACGUUCACCUCCCAUUCAGGCACCGGGCGUGGCCUCGCGUUUCGCUGGGGCCCAACGUCUGGACGUGGAAGGUGAUAUCGAGCUACAGGUGGCGCGCUGGAAUCGGGAAGCGCAUCAACGCUCUAGAGACCCAGGCGGCAGUGAACACUAUCAAGUGGCGCCUGCGGUCAGGGCAGGGCCGCCCCGGGCGUAUGCUGCACCUCGUCGACAGCCAGGUCGCCGCGUCGGUGCUCACGAAGGGCCGCAGCAGCAGCAGAGUCUUGCGGACGCAC